AUGGGUCGCAAACUACCUCCACCUCCUCCACCUCCUGGUAUAUCUAAUGCUCAUAAAAGAAGAAAGGAGAAUGAACCACAGAAAAGGCAACCACCUCCACCACCUCCUCCUCCUCCUCCGAGAUCACGAAACCCACCACCAGCACCACCAGCACCACCGCCUUCUGGUUCUCAGUCCGAUAAGUCAAAUCGUCCUCCACCACCACCUCCUCCACCAUCCGCUUCUAACGACAGCACAAAGAAAAGGAAAUGGUCUAAUAUGGCUCAAAAUAGACAUAAAAGUAAGCAUACAGGUCCUAUAAUUCCUCCUAAACCAGAAAUGCCUCCACAACAUCUUCGAAAGAUAAUGAUUGAUCAUGGCGAUUUGUCCCUGAAUAAAGUUGCAUCAGAUAAACGAUCACAUUUGGGCUCAUUGAAAUAUCUUCCACAUGCGUUGCUUAAAUUGUUAGAAAACAUGCCUCAGCCAUGGGAGCAACAAAAGGAAGUGAAAGUUCUAUAUCACACCACUGGGGCCAUAACUUUUGUUAAUGAAAUUCCUAGAGUGAUUGAACCGGUAUACAUUGCCCAAUGGGCAGCCACCUGGAAUAUGAUGAGAAGAGAAAAAAAGGACAGAAAACAUUUCAAGAGAAUGAGAUUUCCACCUUUUGAUGACGAAGAGCCGCCAUUGGAUUGGUUAGAAAAUCUUGAGGAUGUCGCGCCUCAAGAUGCAAUUCGAUUAAAGGAGAUUGAAAAUGAUGAAGAACUUCAGGAUUGGUUUUAUGAUCAGAAACCAUUGGUUGAAGAUUCAGACAUAGUGAAUGGUGAGUCCUACAAAUGCUGGAACCUCGAUUUGCCUACAAUGGAUAAAUUAUAUCAGAUUUCCAAACCGAUUUUAUCUCAGCAAGAGGGCUCCAAGUUUGACAAGAGAGCAUUGUUUACAGCAAAAAGUCUCAAUGUUGCGCUUCCUGGUGGACCAAAAUUCGAACCACUUUUCAAAGAUAAAAUAAAUAACCCAGAAUUUGAGGAUUUUACCGAGUUCAACUCAAUUGAUAGGAUAAUAUUUAGAACUCCUGUUAGAACAGAGUAUAAAGUUGACUACCCUUACUUGUAUAAUUCAUUUGUCAAAAAUGUGUCAUUGGUGCCUCUUAAUAAAACGCUCAGUACUACAACACAUCAAUCAGAAAAAGGGUUAUCAUCAUUUACAUUCAAUACCAAAUUCAAUCCAAUUGUGCCAAAGAAAAAAAGAAAGUCCACAAGAAGUGAGGAAGUGAAUGAAUUGUUGUUGGAUGUGGAGCCGUUACUAAGUUGGACAGAAGUUGCUCAAGGCAAUGAUGAUAAUAUUGAAGAAUUUAAAGAGUUGCUAGUUGAGCCAAAAGGGACUGGAAGCGCAUUGAAUCUUCUCUCGGCACCAUAUCCGUUUAAUCGUCGUAGUGGCAGAACAGUACGUGCACAGGAUGUUGCUCUCACCAAAGAUUGGUAUGUUCGUUCAGUCCCAAAAGGAAGUACACCGAAAGUACGUGUUUCGUACCAGAAAUUGUUGAAGAACAGUGUAUUGAAUGAAUUGCACAAUCCAUCAAGAAGAAAUAAGAAAACAAGACGUGCAAAGUUAUUGAAGACCUUGAAAUCAACAAAAUAUUUCCAACAAACCACCAUUGACUGGGUGGAAGCUGGUUUGCAGGUAUGUCGACAAGGAUUUAACAUGUUGAAUUUGUUGAUUCACAAAAGGGGCUUAACAUACUUGCAUCUAGACUACAAUUUCAAUUUGAAACCAACAAAAACACUCAGCACAAAGGAACGUAAAAAAUCGCGCUUUGGUAAUGCGUUUCACCUUAUUAGAGAACUUUUACGAGCAAUUAAAAUAAUUGUUGACUCCCAUGUGCAAUAUCGUUUAGGAAAUGUUGAUGCUUAUCAGUUGGCCGAUGGACUUUAUUAUGUAUUGAAUCAUUUGGGUCAACUCACUGGUAUUUACCGAUACAAGUAUAAAGUGAUGCACCAGAUCCGUCAAUGCAAAGAUUUGAAACAUAUUGUCUACCAGAGGUUCAACAAGAUAAUAGGAAAAGGACCUGGAUGUGGUUUUUGGCAGCCCGCUUGGAGAGUUUGGAUCUUCUUUUUAAGAGGCAUCAUCCCGUUGUUGGAAAGAUGGUUGGGUAACCUUAUUGCUAGACAGUUUGAAGGAAGAAGACAGAACGAUGUGGCGAAAACUAUCACCAAGCAGCGUGUUGAUGCAUACUAUGAUAUUGAAUUACGUGCUCAAGUCAUGCAUGAUAUACUUGACAUGAUCCCUGAAGGGUUGAAACAAAGCAAGUCAAAGACCAUUCUUCAACAUUUAAGUGAAGCAUGGCGUUGUUGGAAAGCAAAUAUUCCUUGGAAAGUUCCUGGAUUACCCGAACCAAUAGAGAAGAUCAUAGAGCGAUACAUUAAAGCCAAAGCUGAUGGUUGGAUUUCAGUUGCUCAUUACAACAGAGAGAGGAUCAGAAAGGGAGCUCACAUUGAGAAAACUGUUGCCAGAAAGAAUUUGGGUAGACUCACAAGACUUUGGAUCAAAAGUGAGCAAGACAGACAAACAAACUUUGGUAAGAAUGGGCCAUUUGUUUCUCCAGAUGAAGCUGUCAAGAUAUUCCAGACAACGGUUGAAUGGUUGGAAAGCCGAAAGUUCAGUCCUAUUCCUUUCCCUCCAAUAUCAUAUAAACAUGAUACAAAAUUAUUAGUUCUCGCGUUGGAAAACUUGAAGGAAAGCUAUAGUGCCAAUUCCAUGUUGAACUCUUCACAGAGAGAAGAAUUAGCUUUGAUUGAACAAGCUUUUGAUAAUCCACAUGAAUGUUUGGUUAGAAUAAAGAAGUUUUUGUUGACACAAAGAAUUUUCAAGGAAGUAGGACUUGAGAUGAUGGAUUAUUACAGUCAUUUGGUACCUUCGUAUACAGUUGAUCCAUUGGAGAAAAUAACUGAUGCAUAUUUAGAUCAAUACUUGUGGUAUGAAGCAGAUAAACGAAGAUUGUUUCCAAAUUGGGUCAAGCCAAGUGAUGAUGAGAUCGCUCCAUUGUUGGUUUAUAAAUGGUGUCAAGGAAUCAAUAAUUUACAGGAUGUGUGGCAAACUAGAAAUGGUGAGUGUAAUGUGAUGCUUGAGACAUCGUUAGAUAAAUUUGCCGAGAAUAUUGAUUUUACGUUGUUAAAUAGACUAUUGAGAUUGGUUAUGGACACCAAUAUUGCUGAUUAUAUUACUGCUAAAAAUAAUGUUAAUUUGACAUUUAAGGAUAUGAGUCAUGUUAACCAGUAUGGUAUUCUCAAAGGUCUUCAGUUCUCGUCGUUUGUUUACCAGUACUACGGCUUAGUUGUUGAUUUGUUAAUUCUUGGGUUAGAAAGAGCAUCAGAAUUAGCUGGAUCAGUACAGAGCCCAAAUAACUUUCUUCAAUUUAAGGAUGUUGAAACUGAAGUUGCAUCCCCUAUUCGAUUAUAUUCCCGUUACUUGGACAAAAUUCACAUAUUAUUCAGGUUUGACGACGAGGAAGCAAGUGGCCUCAUUCAAGACUAUUUAUCAGAACAUCCAGAUCCAAAUUUUGAGAAUGUAGUUGGUUACAAUAAUCGCCGCUGUUGGCCACGAGACUCAAGAAUGCGUUUAAUGCGUCAUGAUGUCAACUUGGGAAGAGCAGUAUUUUGGGAAAUCAGCGGUCGUAUUCCUUCAUCGUUGACUACUAUACACUGGGAAGACACAUUUGCAUCCGUUUAUUCGCGGGAUAAUCCAAACUUAUUAUUUCUGAUGUGCGGAUUUGAGGUCAGGAUUUUACCUAAAGUUAGAGCUAAUGAAAUCCUGUCUUCCCAGGAAGGGGUAUGGGAUCUUGUUGAUUAUAACACCAAGGAAAGAACGGCAAAGGCAUACUUGCAAGUGUCGCAGGAAGCUGUUGACCAUUUUAACAACCGAAUUCGUCAGAUUUUAAUGUCUUCAGGGUCUGUCACAUUUACGAAGGUAGCAACAAGAUGGAAUACAGCCUUAAUUGCCCUAGUGACAUAUUUCCGUGAAGCUGCUAUUGCCACGCCAUCCUUGUUAGAUGUGCUUGUUAAAUGUGAAACAAAAAUACAAAACAGAGUGAAAAUGGGUCUCAAUUCCAAAAUGCCAUCAAGAUUCCCACCUGCUGUGUUUUACACUCCUAAAGAAUUGGGUGGAUUGGGAAUGUUGAGUGCAUCGCAUAUCUUGAUUCCGGCAUCCGAUCUCCGAUGGUCAAAACAAACUGAUACUGGAAUAACUCAUUUCAGAGCUGGAAUGACGCAUAUGGAAGAAAAAAUGAUCCCUACAGUAUUUAGGUAUGUGACUUCCUGGGAAAAUGAAUUUUUGGAUUCUCAAAGAGUUUGGGCGGAAUAUGCCAUCAAACGACAAGAAGCCAUUGAACAAAAUAGAAGAUUGACUUUUGAAGAUAUGGAACAGAAUUGGGACAGAGGAUUACCUCGUAUCAGUACCUUAUUUCAAAAAGACAGACACACUUUAGCAUAUGACAAGGGCCAUAGAAUAAGAAGAGAAUUCAAACAGUAUAGUUUAGCACGAUUCAAUCCAUUUUGGUGGACAAAUAGUAACCACGAUGGUAAGUUAUGGAAUCUCAAUGCAUAUAGAACAGAUGUCAUACAAGCUUUAGGUGGUAUUGAGACUAUUUUGGAGCACACUUUGUUCAAAGGGACUGGUUUUGAUUCAUGGGAAGGCUUAUUUUGGGAGAAAGCUUCAGGUUUUGAAGAUACUUUGAAGUUCAAGAAAUUGACGAAUGCUCAAAGACAAGGGUUGAGUCAAAUUCCUAAUCGUAGGUUCACAUUAUGGUGGUCACCUACAAUUAAUCGUGCCAACGUGUAUGUGGGGUUCUUGGUUCAGCUUGAUUUGACUGGUAUCUUUCUCCAUGGGAAAAUUCCAACACUCAAGAUAUCGUUGAUUCAAAUAUUUAGAGCUCAUUUAUGGCAGAAGAUCCAUGAAAGUGUGGUGCAGGAUUUAUGCCAAGUUUUGGAUAAAGAAUUGGAAGUUUUGCAAAUCGACAAUGUUGAAAAACAAGCUAUUCACCCACGUAAGUCCUAUCGAAUGAACUCAUCUUCUGCUGAUAUUGUUUUGACAAGCACAUACAAGUGGCAUGUAUCUAGACCUUCAUUAUUGAAUGACAAGGACGAAGAAAUGCUGAUUCCUACAAACAAGUUUUGGAUUGAUGUCCAGCUUCGAUAUGGUGAUUACGAUUCACACGACAUAUCACGUUAUGCAAGAUCAAAGUUUUUGGAUUACACAACUGAUGGUUCAAGCUCCUACCCAUCUCCCACGGGUAUUAUCAUUGCAAUUGAUUUGGCUUAUAAUAUGUACGAUGUUUAUGGUAAUUGGUUCCCUGGUUUGAAACCAUUAAUUCACAAUGCUAUGAGAGAAAUUAUGAAGGCAAAUCCGGCAUUGUAUGUUUUACGUGAACGUAUUCGUAAAGGUUUGCAACUUUACCAAUCUCAACCACAGGAGGCGUUCUUAAAUUCCAAUAAUUAUGCCGAAUUGUUUAACAAUGAUACUCAAUUAUUUGUCGAUGAUACCAAUGUUUACAGAAUUACCGUCCAUAAAACAUUUGAAGGAAACUUGGCAACAAAACCAAUUAACGGGUGUAUUUUUAUUCUCAAUCCAAAAACUGGUCAGUUGUUCUUGAAGAUCAUUCACACGUCGGUUUGGGCUGGUCAAAGGCGUUUGGGUCAGUUAGCUAAAUGGAAAGCCGCUGAAGAAGUUGCUGCAUUGAUCAAAUCAUUGCCUAGGGAAGAACAACCAAAACAAUUAAUUGUCAGUAGACGAGGAAUGAUGGAUCCGCUUGAAGUUCAUAUGUUGGAUUUCCCGAAUAUUUCUAUUCGACCAUCAGAGUUACAUUUGCCGUUCGGUGCUGUGAUGAAAAUUGACAAAUUAUCAGAUAUUGUGUUGAAAGCAAAUGAGCCUCAAAUGGUUUUGUUUAACUUUUAUGACGAUUGGUUGAAACAUAUUUCACCAUACACUGCGUUUUCAAGAGUUAUUUUGAUAUUAAGAGCAUUGAAUGUUGACACUGACACGACAAAUCAUAUUUUGCGUCCGAAUGCCAAUAUUGCAACUGAGGACCAUCACAUUUGGCCAACAUUGAGUGACGAACAAUGGGUUGAUGUGGAAGCACAAUUAAGAGAUUUGAUUUUAGAAGACUACUCAAAGAAGUAUAAUGUCAACAUACAAUCUUUAACCCAGUCAGAAAUUCGUGAUUUGAUAUUGGGUCAAGAUAUUAGAGCACCAUCAGUCAAGCGUCAAGAAGUAACAGAAAUAGAAAAUGGAAACGGCAAUAAAGAGCUGGAGAACAAGGAAUUAACGGCAUUGAAGACCACUACCACCAAUGUCCAUGGUGAAGAGAUAACUACUGUUACGACCACUAAUUAUGAACAGCUGACAUUCUCAUCCAGGAACGAGUGGAGAAAUCGUGCUAUUGCGGCAAACAACUUGCAUUUGAGAGCAAAGAAUAUAUUUGUCAAUUCUGAAGAGUUUAUCGAUGAUGAUUCAUUCACCUAUAUUUUGCCAAAGAACAUUUUGCAAAAGCUCAUUCAGAUUUCUGAUUUAAGAGUUCAAGUCGGUGCAUUUCUUUAUGGUACCUCUCCAGAAGAUCAUAAUGGUGUUAAGGAAAUCAAAUGUAUUGCAAUUGUACCACAAUUGGGAAAUGUUAAUUCUAUACAAUUUGCUCAAAAUCUUCCACAAAACAUAGGAUACCUCGAAAAUUUAGAGCUUUUGGGUUGGAUCCAUACGCAAUCACAAGAUUUUAGCUACAUGACAUCUUACGAUAUAACUACCCAAUCACGUUUCUUUGAUGAAUACAAGCCGAACUUUAUAACCAUGACAGUUAGCUACACGCCUGGUUCGGUGACAGUAUCGUCUUUUGAGUUAUCCAAGGAAGGUUUUGAAUGGGGACAACUGAAUUCCGAUAUGAUGUCGGAGUCACCCGCAGGAUUCAAGAAAGAUUAUGCCAAAAAGAGUCAGUUGAUUAUGUCAGAUCAGAUAGCCGGUACCUUCAUGGUUCCAGAAGAUGAUGUGUGGAAUUAUUUUUUUAUGGGUGCCAUAUUUAAUCCCAAGGAGUUGUACGACUUGAAGGUCGACAUCCCACUUACAUUCUAUGAUGAGUUACACCGUCCAAUACAUUUUACUACAUUCACGCAGAUAGAGAAUGGCAAUGAUGAAGAAGAGUUGAAUCAACAAGAUGUAUUCAAGUGA